AUGGGGGACACUGGACGCCAUCAUCCGACUUUUUCAGACGACAAGGAACGCGCUACCGUCGCCUCCACGUCACCAAUAGUGGAUCUAGUCGAUACAGCUGCGUCUUGUGCAUCCAACGCAUCUCUUCUCAGCUCCAUGGACGCUCUAUCAGGUUUUGUCGAGGUCUCAAACGUCGAUAUGUCCGGAUCCGACGAUACCGUCGCUUCUAUAGGCGAUUACGCCACUCAAGAGCUUCCCCCACGUCCAGAAAAACUCCACAAGAUGUCCAAGACCUUUUCAAGUCGAUUGAGUGAUCGAAAGCGCCGUAAAAAUGGCAGCAAUUUGUUGUUAGAGACGUCUUUAAUCGUGUCCCCAGAACAGCCGUUACUAUCGGAUUCUCAGUCCGAAAAAGAAAUUGCAGGCUUUGGAGUGGUACUAAAUGAUGUACUACGAUGUGUCACCAAUCGAGAACUCGUGACCAAGACAGCGGCCUAUAUGGCUGCCUAUCCCCAACAUACACUUCGGUUCCAGAUCAAGAUGAAGCAGCGAGCUUAUGCUGAUGGAGCACGAGGAUUUCAGGCAAAAUUAAUGCUGUUUUACGUACUCCAUGAGUUUCUCAAGUCCUUUGAGGGAGAACGAUUGCAACAAGUACAACGAGAGUGGUUUCAGACUGUAGAUGAGGUGCUCAAUGCUUGUACGAGAGAGAUUCGUCAUGGCGAGAAACGAAAUGCCGAGGAAAACCGGAAACGAGUGUUCAAGACACUUGCACGUUGGGAAGAGCUCAAGUUGUAUCCGAGCAAAAUCAAGGCCUGGAAGAGUUUAGUGAUGGGAGAAAGCAAGCCACGAAGAGCUCCCGUGCCGCUGCCACGCAGUGAAAUGGAACGACUAGCUGAGGCUCCUGACCAGCUUCAAUCGUUUGAAGUGCCGCCAUCGAACACACCUCAGCUACAGCUUGAUCGAUCGAAUUGUCCAUUGGUCUUCGAGCGACCAAACUUUGCUAGCAAGCCUGAAGAGAAGCAGCAUUGGCGCUACACUGCUAUUGCUUUCAUCGACAUCCUGUCACGGAGUCUCGACCUGAGCAGUGACAUUAAGUUUACUGCCUGUAUCUUUUUUCAUCGCGUGUUUGAUCGAGGUAUUUACGCUCGAGAGCGUUACAAAUUUGCAGCAGCCUGUCUCUUCCUAUCGGCCAAGGCGUCCAGCAAACGCAUGAAGUUGUUGCGCAUGGUGCGUGUCAUGUACAAUAUCUUGGAAACCCCACUGUAUGCUGGCGAUGAGGAACUGCUAGAGAUCGAGCGUUUGCAGCUGCUUUAUUACGAAAUGGAAGUGCUUCAAGGUAUCAACUUCGAGUUGACUGCGGAAAUGCCCUACUACUAUUUGCGCCGGACGUUGGAGAAGAUGCCUCCGAAAUUUCGAAACUCUGUCAGCGACGAUACACAAAAACUUCUUGAAGAAUUGUUUUAUUUGCCAAUGUGUGUAGAUUUCUCGCCGCAGUUACUUGGCGAGGCUGCAGCUUACAUUGCAAUUUGGAACAAGGGCAAAGAUUUCAAGUUCAAGUGGUGCAGUCCAAGUCAGGAAGGUCACACUUUCAACGUCCGAACAGCAAAGGCUGCACUACGAAGUUAUCGAUCGCUUCAGAUGUGGAAGAAAGAUCAGCAGACGGAAUUUGACGUGUUGGUCAAGUCAUCGAGUUCAUUGGACGGCGAUGACGAGAUAGCGAGUAUCAAGAAGGCGUUCGAGCCUCAGUUAGGUGGUUUACGGCUAGAUCCCUGCGUUAUUUUGAACGAAGCGGAGUUUACGAAGAAGACAGAGGAAGAUUCGAAGGAGUGGGUUAAAACUGGCACGAGGAAUGGCGGCGGUGAUCGGUUCAUCUCGCAAACCGUGUCGAGAUGCUACAAUCAAAGCGGAAGCAACUCGAAAAGAUACAGAGAUGAAGAUGCGCCACGUAUCAAGGUGGAAAAUCGAUCGCUUGCUACUAGCCAAGAAGAAAAGCAUCGGCAUGGACACAGCGACGACCGCGGCGAGGAUCGUUACCGACCACGGAGUCGUAGCUGCAGCGAAAGUCGUAGCAGUAGUUAUUCUCGUUACAAAAGAGAGAGCUGGUCAAGUGCAAAGCACGUUCGUGAUGAUAGUCGAGCGCGUAGUGGAGAGCGUCGCGAUCGCGACAGGUACGAUUACGACGACUAUGACGACUACGACGAUUACGGCACUAGGGACCGCUAUCGUGAUCGCAAAGAAGAGAAGUAUAAUUCUCGAUACAAGUCCGUCAACUAUGACAGAGAUGACAGGGUCAAUGAUCGAAAAAGCAGCCGUGACGUCGGGUUUCGUCGUGAUCCGUCCUACUUCGACCGGCGCGAUCGCAAGUCAGAUCGCGAUAGCGGCAGCGGCCGCCGCGAGCGCGACAGUCGCAGCACCAGCCGCAGUAGCAGUCGGUCUCAAAGCCCCUACAGUUUUUCAAGGAGCGGCAAGAAGCGGAAACGAAACUACAGCAGUGGUGGCCACUCGGGAAGUUGGAAGCGCAGCUCUAGUCGAAGCGAUAGUCGAUCGCGCAGCCAGUGUUAUCGGGUUGAGUUGUCGUCGUCCAAAAGUGGUCGAAUGAAGAAGACGAACAAAUAUGGUCCUGCUCGUUCCAGCAACCGGAAGAUGGAACAACUUCGCAUUAAGCAAGAGCGUAGCGGAGCUUAG